CCAUACCCGCUCCUGAAUAAACACUUACUUUCGGUUUCAAAUAAAGUCAAGGGUUCACAAAAGUUCUACACGUUUUUUCGCGCAGAAGGAAUUUCAGGGAUGACAGAAAAAGUUCAGACUGUUUUGGGUCCAGUAGAGCCUGGUGCCCUGGGAAUAACCAUGACCCAUGAACAUCUCUCUCUGGAUUCCCUUGCCCUGGGACUUCCUAUAGACCCUAAAUAUAAAUAUCUGGAGGAGGCACCUGUUGCACUAGACAACCUUUGGUACAUCCGACAGUAUCCAUACUCAAACAGACCUAAUUUGGAUUUACGAACUGAAAAUGCAGCUGUUGUUGAAGAAAUGGAUUUUUACAAGAAAAAUGGAGGAGGGACCCUUGUGGAAAACACCACCCUUGGAAUCAAACGUGACAUAAAAUUUUAUCAUUAUGUUGCCAGAGAAACAGGGGUGAAUGUUAUCGCAGGAACAGGUUUUUAUGUGGAGUCAUCACGACCAGAAACACUGAAGAUGACAUCAGAAGAGAUGGAGGAAGUGAUGAAGACAGAUCUUCUUCACGGAGCAGAUGGUGGGGAAAUCAAAUGUGGGAUCAUCGGAGAAAUUGGGUGUAGCUGGCCGCUUGGCAAGAGUGAGAGGACAGCCAUACAAGCAGCUGCAAAAGUCCAGAGUGAGCUAGGGUGUCCAGUCAAUAUCCAUCCAGGCAGGGACUCAAAGGCUCCAUUUGAAAUAAUCCGAGUUUACCAAGAGGCAGGAGGAGAUGUCAACAAACUGGUCAUGGCUCACCUUGAUAGGACAAUAUUUGACCAUAGCCAGCUUGCUGAAUUUGCAGCACUGGGUAGCUACUGUGAAUAUGACUUGUUUGGUAUUGAGACUUCUAUGUAUACUCACAAUUAUAAUGUGGACAUGCCCAGUGAUGCUCAGAGAAUUGAGAAGAUCCAGUUCCUGAUCGAUCAAGGAUUUGAGGACAAAAUUGUUAUUGCUCAAGAUAUACAUACCAAACACAGGCUGAUGAAGUUUGGAGGACAUGGCUACUCCCAUAUUCUCCUCAAUGUGGUUCCCCAAAUGUUAAACAAAGGAAUUUCCCAGACCACCAUUGAUAAAAUUCUAAAAGAGAACCCAAAGAAGUGGCUUUCAAUGAAGGUGUAGACGCCAAUAACUACAGGGAGGCUGCAGACGGUGCUGAAAAUCUAAUGGAGUUGAGCUUUGUAUCCAGAAAAAAAUAUUGUUAAUGAUUAAAUAUGUAUUUGGCAGCAAAUUAAUUUAUAAGCCUUUUGUGAUUCACCAUGAGUGUUGGAGAUUUUAGCAGAAUGACAGAAGGUUUUAGCAGGAAAAUGGACACUAAGCAGAAGUUUUUUGGUUAUUCAGUGGUUCCGAAGAUUUGUGGAACAUUUUAGUGGGAAUGAAAAUAGAAUGUGGAUUUUGAAGUAGAUGGUUGAGUAAACUAAAUAUCUAACUCAAUCUUUAACCAGACUUAGUCUGUUGACCCCACUCAGUAACUUGAAGGUGAAAGUAGAAUUUUGAGCAAGAUGCUCUUCAUUUAAACACAGUUAAUAUCUUACACAUUAGCACUAGUGAAAUAUCAAGUCAACACUUAAAUUUACCUGUAAAGAAAACCUGACAAAAUGUCCUCUGGAUUUUUACAGGACAAUUUUUUGUAACUGAUCAUCUUUCUACCCAAAAGUCCUUUGAAUGAAGUUGUCCAUUCACUCCUUUUGAAAUUCUGCUAAAAUGUUUCUCUCCUGUUCACCAUGUAUUGUGUUCAUUAUAUAACCAAGUUAUAUCCAAGUGAAUUGGGACAACUUGCAUGUUGAUAGAUGGGUUGUAGAAUAAAUAUAUUUUU